AUGCUUGCUGCAGAAUCAAGCCGAUUGAACCACUCUUUGGGCCAUCUCUCUGUCUUCCGUGCAGUCUUCCGUGCAACGCCCACAUCGUCUCCGGCUCUCGUCGUCUGUUGCCUGCGUGUAUCGGCCAUUCAGGUGUUGAGCAAUUCACGCUUGGUUCUGCAGCUUGAUUCGCUUCUCUCGAAACGAGAGCAAGAAUUUGAAGUCAGCGUCUGGACGUUUCAUCGACCCACCAACCAAAUGCACCGCCUCCGUCAUCCACCACAUCCUUGUCCCUCACGCCAGUCUCUUACUGGUUGGCAUCAGGCUAUCAGCAAUAAGCUGUGGAUUACACGCCACAACCGACGAACGAACUUUCGCCGGAGGACUCCCUUGUCGUUCCCGGCGUGCGUCAUGCCUGCGAAGGACGAGGACCGGGAUCGCCAACGCAGGAGUCAGAGAGAAAAGGACAGGGAACAACGUCGCCCUCGAUAUCGCUCCCCACCGUCGUUAUUCGAAGGAGAUGCUGUUGAGAAGGAAGGCACCAGACAUUCUGAUACGAGAUACGAGAGACGGACUCCGAGGAUAUUCCAUAGGACAAGACCAAGCGAACUCACAACAAGAGAAAGGGAUCGAAGGAGAGCUGUCACAGGAGAUUAUAGGUUGAACUCGUCAAAUCUCUCCAUGCCCGCCACCGACUCGAAUUCCCGCCCCUCCGCUGCCUUUUUUGUGGAGUCGAAGCCCAAUUUGCCAUAUCCGUCAUUUUCCAAAGCGCACAGCAAGGAAGCGGUGGGGUUUCUGGGGAGCAGGGAAAACAUCGGGCAACCCAAAGUGGAUAUCUUGACGCCUGAACCAACUGAUCUAACUACGGGAGAAGAAACAAAUGGCAAGACAAGAGGAGAAGAUAUCAAUCCUACCGAACAGGAGAAGGCAUCUAGACGGCAUAGCGCUCACCGCUCCCCUCCAAGCCCCCCGUUAACGAACCUUGACCAACAGUCUACAAGGAGAGAGAGCACCACAGGUGGGAACAAAAAAUCGGAGGAGAAACGGAGUGCAACGAAGAGUCAGGAUGAAAAGAAGAAACAUAGGCCCAACCCCAUCUCCAAGGAGUCCACCUCAAGCAUGCGCCGCAAGUCAGAUGAAGGUUCGAAAACGAGCAGCAGAGGGUCAGGACCAAGUACCCCCGGGAAGUUAUUGUUUGAAUCUCUCCAGUCUCAGCACAACAAGUCUCCAACCAGCGGAAAUACAUCCAAAUCAAGACAACUAGGGAGGAGUGACUCAGCCAAACAAUCAUCCCGCCGAAAAGCAAAGCCCUCAUCUCCAGACCUAUCAUCAGUAACACAGGUCGAGAUCGAAGUUGUACCCUCCACCGUGGACUCAGACGCAACAUCUAUCGCACCAAAUCAGCAACCUACAUAUCAACGUCCCUCUAUCACCAUGAGAGCUCCAUCUGAGCCCCACAGAAUCCCUACACCGAGAAGAUCAUCCCCAACAAAGCUGAGCCCGCCGUCAGCGCCUCACUCCCCAUCUACCGGAUUGCCCCCGCCCCCGCCCCCGCCUCCUAAUGUACCCAUUACGAUCCCAAAAGUGGAUUAUUUACUCAACAAUGGUGGGCUCAAAUAUCAUGUCCCUAGAAGUUUCUUUGGAGCUGGAGAGUCUGCAAAUAUGCCGCAGGAUUUCUUCAAACCCGCGGCAGCUGCUUCCAAACUUUUCGAGCCGUACAAUAAGUUGCUUGAUGACUACGGAGUAGUAAUAUCGAAAUGUGGAUCUCUCGCCGUGGCCACAGGGUAUAGAUCGGUUGCAAGGAGGCUCCUGGACAGGUUGGAAGCCGUUUUUGCGCGGGAUAUUUCGUCUGAAUCAUGCCAAUGUAUAAUGUGUUCCCCUACCGAGGUUGCGCCAGAAGGAGUCAGCUGGGGCGAGGUGUUAGAGUUUGUUUCUGGUCGACAGGAUCUACCGCCGUGGCCUCCAUUUAAAAUCGCUGCCAAACCGGGGGCUGCAGAUAUUACGGAUUCAAACAGCGACGAACCGAUGCAGAAGAUGGAUAUGGACAUUCCCGAAGAGUUUAGGGAACAUUUCGUUCGCCAGUCCAGGAAAACGAAGCACGCUGUGGAUAAAUGGCUUUCUUACAGCAAUGACCAAGGCGGCAGCCCGCCUGAUGAGAUUGACGAUGAGACACUGAUGUUUGCCAUGCUAACUUAUCUAGACCAGGAGGAGAGAGAACUCUUCAGUGCGCUAUUAGACAUUGCAAUGACACCCCCAGAGCCAAAGCGUGAAACUCCCAAACCACGAGAUCGACCGGAUGCCAUCGUUCAGUCCGGAGCUGCAAUCCAGCGUUUAUACAGACUAUCCAUACCACCUCGUGACCCUGAAACAGCGCUCUAUUUGCUGAAGAACCCGGGCAUACACCAUGUCCUAGCCACACUCGCAGCCAUCAGCAGCGAUGAAUGGGACAUUCUCAUCUCCGGACGUUUCGAUGGAUUUCUCCGUAGUGGUGCAGAUGAUGACCUUCCCCAAACGUUCUCCGCCGCAUCCGUCCGGGCCCCUCGGCCUGGAUCCACUCGACCGGUUUCGCAAGCUUCUAACGCCAGGCUCCGAAACAUCAGCCAGCCGUACGGUGGUCCUUCAUAUCCAUCCCGCACGUCCACUCCAGCCCCUGCCUCAUUUGGCGCCCCCAUCUACGUCGACGAAGACACCGAAAUCGCCGCCCUUGCUGAAAUCGAACGGGACAUCUACCUCGGCAUGGAAGCGCUGGAAGACGCCUUUGAAGUCCUGCAUGUCAAAGCGGAAGCGAUCCGUGGCGCCCUUCGGGAACGCGGUGCGGGGUUGCAAGUUGCCAAUCUAACACGGCGCGGGGGAUCCGGGGGUGUUGAAGUGCUCUCGGGCACGCCUGCGGCGGGCAUCGGGGGCUACGGUCUGAAUGGCAACGGCGGCUGGGAGAGCUCAACGGAUGACGGGAUUGAAGAUGGGGUUUCAGAGAUAUUGCCCUCCGAUUCCGCGAGUAAUAUUAGCUCGAGUAGGAGGCGGCGGCCGAAGAGACGGAGCGAGAGGCGGACGCCGGUUGUUUUUGAGGAGGAGGAGGAGGGCGAAGAGGAUGAUAUUGUUGCGACCCAUGAUUACAGGACGAGGAAGAAGCAUUAG